AGCGCGGGGCGGGCGGCGGGAGGGGCGAACCGAAAUAGCCGGGUGAGGCCGGGUGACGCCGCGCGGCCCUGCGUGCGCGCCGGGACGGGUCCGCGUCGUUCGCUGUCCGUCCCCACGGGCCGCGUCGGAUGGGGUGAGGCGCCCGGCGCGGGGGACGGCGACGCGGCCAUGGCCAGCGGCUGCCCCUGGGAGCGGACGGUGGCGGCGGGAGAGGAGGAGGCGCUGAGGAAGCUGCUCGUCCGGCUCCGCAACGUUCAGGAGAGGAAACGGCCGGAGACUCUGGCGCAGACGCUGAGCGACAUGCUGGAGCUGGCGACCCGACAGAGCGGUAAGGGGCGGCCGCUGCCCUCCCGCCCUCCCGGCCCCGCUCCGCCGGGCCCUAACGCAGCUCUCCGUGUCCCCGCAGCUCCGCGGCUGUUCGGCGGCUGCAACGCCCACGUGCCCCUGCUGCUGGUGCUCGACCUGUACGCGGGAGCGGCCGGCGUGCAGCAGAUGGGUUGGUCACUUCUUUGCAAGUUGAUUGAAAUUUGUCCAAGCACUCUGCAGAACAUAGCUCUUAAGGAUGUUGGGAAGGACUGGGAAGUACUGGGUGUUCACCAGCAGAUUCUUAAAAUGCUCACAGUCCACAAAGGAAAUGUAAUUCUCUCAGUAAUAGGACUAAAAACAUUAAAUCUACUCCUGAUGUCAGAUGUAAUUGCUUUCCUGCUCCUGGAGGAAGAAGUGGAUGUGUUUUCCUUGGUAUUUAAUGCCAUGCACACCUUCCCUAAAAAUGAAGAGAUCCAGCAACAUGGGUGUACAGCGUUAUGCAAGCUUUUUGAAAAAGUUCCAGAAGAGCAGCUGACUGAAUUUGUUGAAAGCAAAGAUCAUAUGAUCAUAUUGGAAGUAUUUAAAGAGUUUCCAGAGAAAGAAGAGGUGAUUCUUCCUGCACUUUAUUCAUUACAUUCCUUAGCUGGUCCGUCCAGCAAUGUUGAAGUGCUCAUGUCUGGAAAUGUUCGCUGCUACAAUGUUAUUGUAGAAAUGAUGAAAAGUUUCUCCAAUAGUGAAACUGUCCAGGAAGUGUGUUGCUGCUUGUUGCAUAAGCUUACUUUGGGAAACUUUUUCAAUAUCCUUGUGUUACAUAAGGUUCCAGAAGUCAUUGUGAAGGCUGUGAAAACGUAUUCUGAAAAUGCAAAGUUACAGGCUGCAGCUCUCAGUUGUUUAGCUCUUCUCACUGAAACAAUAUUCUUAAACCGAGACUUAGAGGAAAGAAAAGAAGAGGAGGAGGAAGAAAAAUUAUGCUGGUUGGAAGCAUGUUACAGAGCAUUAGAACUGCACCGGAAAAAUACAGAUGUACUGGAGGCUGCAUGCUGGGCUUUGAAAAAUCUGUUUCUAUAUCAACGCAGUCUUCAUGAGAAGAUUGGAGAUGGAGAUAAUCAGUUCCCCAUAGAUAGAGCGGUGAUGCUGUCCAUGCUGAUGCACUCCUCUUCCAAAGAAGUGUUUCAGGCAGCAGCUAGUACCUUGGCAAUUUUGUCACAACAGAAUGUAAAUAUUAGGAAGACACUUUUGGCCAAAGGAAUACACAUGAAUGUUCUGGAGAUAAUGAGGAAACACCCACAUGCUCCCGAAGUGGCUGAAAGUGCCUGCAGAAUUCUGAAUCACGUUUUUGAAGGAAGUUUCCCUCAUUUGGAUAUAAUGACAGUAGCUGCAUCUGAAGUUGUAAAAGCCAUGAGAAAACAUGAGAAAUCACUCUCUGUACAACUGGAAGCACUUCGAGUCCUUUUACACUUUAUGAUGCCUGAUAUAAAGAACGAUCAGAACAGUUCUUCCAGAAAUAUGGGAGAUGCUGCUUUCACACUUACAGUAAAAGUCAUUAAAAGCCAAUGUCUGCUGGAGGGAACUCAUUCAUUGGUGCUUGGUGCAUUGAACAGGUUUAUUGGAAAUCCUAGCAUUCAGAGGUGUGGAUUAAAACUACUUACUUCUGUAGCUGAGUGCACUGGUGCUUUAGAAAUUUUAACACAACAAGGAGCCACUGACACUGUGCUUCACACCCUGCAGAUGUAUCCAGAUGAACAAGACAUACAGAGUUUGGGUUUGAGUCUUCUGCUCUUUUUGAUUACAAGAAAGAGUUUGUGUAUUGCAACUAUGCAUGUCCUGGCAACUGUUCUGGUUUCUACUCUGCGACGAUUUAAAGAGGUCACUGAAAUCCAGAUGCAUGGAUUACAAGCAAUCUUGUCAAUUCUUGGUUUUUCACCUUGUUUUGCCAAGCUGCUGAUUAAUGAAUCAUUUGACACAGUAAUCUUCUACCAAAUGUCUAUGUGCUUCACUAACCAGCGAGAUCGACAGUUUCAAAGCCUGUGUUGUAAAUGCUUUGCCAAGAUAGCUGAAAAUGAUGAUUUAAAAAAUAUGAUGCUUGAAAAAGCAUGUGUUGAAUACAACAGUAUUAUGGCUGAAUGUUUACUUCUACUGGGAGCUGAUAUUAACAAGAAGACAAAGACAAGCUCUUUGAUCUAUCAGGUUUGUGAAAAGGGAAAUAAUCCUAAACUGGUGGAAUUGCUAUUAGCCAAAGGUGUUCGAGAGCAGGAUGUUCGGAGUGCUUUAACCAUCAGUAUAAAGAGAGGAGAUAGCCAAAUCAUCAGCUUGCUCUUAAAGAAGCUUAGUCUUGAUGUCGCCAACAGCAGUAUAUGUCUUGGAGGAUUUGGUAUUGGGAGACUUGAGCCUUCCUGGCUCAUUCCUUUGUUCCCAGAUAAGCUUACUCCACCAAGAAAACAAAAUGCAGGCUCUGCACUAGCAAGAAUGGUGCUUAAAUACCAGAUGAAGAAUGUUUCUGAGGAUAGAUCAGGAACUUGUUCUGAUUUAAACUUCUCUGAAGAUGGAGUGGAUAAAAACUACGAUUGGAAUUUCAUUUCUGACCCACUAGUGGACACUGUUUUUCCUUCAAGUGAUGAUAUUGAUAGUGAAGGAAGUGAAGGUUCACUUUUUAGAAAAAAGAAGUCCAAUUCCAUUGCAGUUGCUGAUUUACAUUGUAGAGAACUUGCUUUUCAAAGAGGUUCUCCUACUUUACCACGACAUUCCUACUCUGUGGGACCUGGCUCAGAUUAUGAGCCAUUAGUGAAACAAAGAAGAAAAUUAUUGCUUUCAGAUGAACCUCCCAAAGGAAUCUCAAAAAGCUCACUGCAUUUAAGACCUUCAGACAGUCUUUCCUCAUUGAUCUCAGAGAAAGAAUGUAUUAAAUCACUAGAUCUUUCAUCAAAUGAGCUGGAGAACAUUGAUGCCAUCAGCCAGAACAGCAGCUUAACGAGUCACUUGGAACAUCUUGAUAAACUGGAGCUCCACCAAAAUGCUCUUACAAACAUUCCGGAACAACUGUGUGAGAACUUGAAAUGCUUGACUUAUUUGGAUUUGCACAGCAACCGAUUUACUUUUUUUCCUACUUACUUGCUGAAAAUGAACUGUAUUGCAUAUCUUGAUAUCUCUCGAAAUGACAUUGGACCUUCCUUUGCUUUGGAUCCACAUCUCAGAUGUCCAACCCUAAAGCAACUGAACCUUUCAUACAAUCAGCUGAUGGGCAUUCCUGAGUUUCUUGCAAAUGUUGCUGAAAACCUUGAACAGCUAUUGCUGGAAGGAAACAAAAUUUCAUGCCUAUCUUCACCCAUGUCCUUGAAAGAGCUGAAAAUUUUAAAUAUCAGUAAGAACAAUAUUUCAUCCCUUGCUGAGAAUGUGUUAAAGGGCUGUGCAAAACUGGAGCUAUUCAAUGCCAGGAUGAAUGCUCUUGAGAUAAUACCUGACUUGUCAUCUAGCAUAACAACCUUAAAAUUAUCCCAAAAUUGCUUUAUUAAUGUUCCAGAAACAAUUCUUCUUCUACCACAUUUGCGAUCAGUAGAUUUAAGCCAAAACAAGAUCAUAAGCCUGCCUGGGCCGGUGCACUGGAAAUCACUGAACUUAAGGGAGCUGUUAUUUAAUCAUAAUCAAAUAGGAGUCUUGGACUUGAGUGAAAAGGCAUGUGCAUGGUCUAGGCUAGAAAAGCUACACCUGUCCAACAACAAGUUAAAGGAGAUACCUCCUCAGAUUGGCUUCCUAGAAAACUUGACUUCUCUGGAUGUAAGUCAUAAUCCCGAUUUGAGAUUCUUUCCGGAUGAAAUGGGAAGGCUGUCCAAAAUCUGGGAUCUUCCUUUGGAAGGACUCCAUCUUAAUUUGGACUUCAAACAUGUGGGAUGCAAAGCCAGAGAUAUCAUCAGAUUUCUUCAACAACGACUGAAGAAGGCUGUACCUUAUAACAGAAUGAAGCUAAUGAUUGUUGGAAACACUGGUAGUGGAAAAACUACACUGUUACAACAGCUAAUGAAAUGCAAACGAACUGAGCUGGGCUGUCCAAAAGCCACAGUAGGCAUUGAUGUAAAAGACUGGAUCAUUCAAGGGAAAGGCAAAAUGAAAAAAGAGCUUAUAUUAAAUGUCUGGGAUUUUGGAGGACAAGAGGAGUUCUACAGUACCCACCCUCACUUCAUGACCCAAAGAGCUUUGUAUCUUGCUGUUUAUGAUCUCAGCAAAGGACAAGCAGAGGUGGAUGCUAUGAAGCCAUGGCUUUUUAACAUCAAGGCACGAGCUUCAACAUCCCCCGUCAUUCUUGUUGGCACCCACUUAGAUGUUUCUGAUGAAAAGCAACAUAAGGACUGCAUGAGUAAAAUUACUAGAGAGCUGUUGAAUAAGCGAGGCUUCCCAGCAAUCCAGGAUUCUCACUUUGUGAAUGCUAGAGAAGAAUCAGAUUCCAUUAUGAGACUUCGGAAAAUCAUAAUAAAGGAGAGUCUUCAUUUCAAAAUAAGAGAUCAGCCAGUGGUUGGUCAGCUGAUUCCUGACAGCUAUCUGGAGCUGGAAAAGAGAAUUUUGCUGGAAAGAAAAAAUGUCCCGGUUGAAUUUCCUGUGAUUGAUCAGAAACGAUUACUAGAAAUGGUACAAGAAAAUAAGUUACAACUGGAUGAAAAUGAACUCCCUCAUGCAAUUCACUUUCUGAACGAGUCAGGCGUACUGCUUCAUUUUCAGGACCCAGCACUGCAGCUAAGAGACCUGUACUUUGUAGAUCCUAAGUGGCUGUGUAAAAUCAUGGCACAGAUUCUGACUGUGAAAGUGGAAGGCUUUUCUAAAUACCCUAAGGGAAUUGUGAAACGCUCAGAUGUGGAAAAAUUCCUUUUAAAGAAGAGCAAGUUUCCUAAGAUCUACAUGUCACAAUACUUCAAACUUCUGGAAAAGUUUCAGAUUGCUUUGCCUUUAGGAGAGGACCAACUACUAAUCCCAAGCAGUUUGUCUGAUCACAGACCUGUUAUAGAGCUUCCUCACUGUGAAAAUUCAGAAAUUAUCAUCAGACUUUAUGAGAUGCCAUACUUUCCUAUGGGAUUUUGGUCCAGGCUGAUCAACAGGUUGCUUGAAAUAUCACCUUAUAUGCUGUCAGGAAGAGCACGAGCUCUUCGUCCUAACAGAAUGUAUUGGAGACAAGGCAUCUACUUGAAUUGGUCUCCUGAAGCUUAUUGUCUGGUGGAAUCAGCUGUAUUUGACAACAACCCAGACAGUUUUUUGAAAAUUACAGCACCUUCUUGCAGAAAAGGUUGCAUCCUUUUGGGACAAGUUGUGGAUCACAUUGAUUCUCUUAUGGAAGAAUGGUUUCCAGGUUUGCUGGAUAUAGAUGUAUGUGGUGAAGGGGAAACACUGUUGAAGAAAUGGGCUCUGUACAGUUUUGAGGACGGUGAAGAACACCAAAAAAUACUACUUGAUGACUUACUUAAAAAAGCUGAAGAAGGAGAUCUUUUAGUGAACCCAGAGCAGCCAAGACAUACCAUUCCCAUUGCUCAGAUUGCUCCCGAUCUCAUCCUGGCUGACUUGCCUAGAAACAUUAUGUUGAACACUGAUGAGCUGGAAUUUGACAAAGCUCCUGAAUUUCUCUUGGGUGAUGGUGGGUUUGGAUCAGUGUACCGUGCCUCCUAUGCUGGAGAAGAAGUUGCUGUAAAGAUUUUCAAUAAACAUACUUCCCUCAGGCUCCUAAGACAAGAGCUUGCAGUGCUUUGUCACCUCCAUCAUCCCAGCUUAGUGUCUUUGCUGGCUGCUGCUGUCCGUCCCCGGAUGCUGGUGAUGGAAUUAGCCCUUAAAGGAUCUCUUGAUCGUUUGCUUCAACAAGACAAAGCAAACUUAACUAGAACACUUCAGCACAGGAUAGCUCUACAUGUAGCUGACGGCUUAAGGUACCUGCAUUCAGCAAUGAUCAUUUACCGUGAUCUGAAGCCUCACAAUGUGUUGCUCUUUACCCUGUAUCCCAAUGCUGCUGUCAUUGCAAAGAUAGCUGACUAUGGCAUUGCCCAGUAUUGCUGCCGAAUGGGAAUUAAAACCUCCGAAGGCACACCAGGAUUUCGAGCACCAGAGGUUGCCAGAGGAAAUGUUAUUUACAAUCAGCAAGCUGAUGUGUAUUCAUUUGGCUUGCUUCUCUAUGACAUUUUAACAGGAGGAGGUAGAAUAAUGGAAGGUGUGAAGUUUCCAAAUGAAUUUGAUGAGCUAGCAAUACAAGGAAAGUUACCAGAUCCUGUCAAAGAAUACGGGUGUGCCCCCUGGCCUAAAGUUGAACAUUUAAUUAAAAAAUGUUUGAAGGAAAAUCCUCAGGAACGGCCAACGUCUUCCCAGGUGUAUGAGAUUUUGAAUUCUGCAGAGCUUAUCUGUUUGAUGAGGUAUGUUUCAAUACCCAGCACUUCCACAGCAGAGUGCAUGGUAGCUGCCAAUCAAAGCUGCAAGAAGGCAGGAGUCUGGAUAGGCAAUGGGAACACAGAAAAAGCACAGCUUUCGUUUGUUAACCUAAAUACAGAUGGACAUACUUGUGAGGAUAUUGCAGAUAGUAAAAUUUUAAGUUUGGCAUUGGUGACCCUUCCUACUGAGAAAGAAAACUGGAUUGUGGCAGGAACCCAUUCUGGUUCUCUGUGGGCAGUGAACACAGAAGAUGAAACAAGACGGCACCGUCUGCAGAAGAUGUCUGAUUCCAUCACCUGUUUAUACUGUAAUUCACUUUCCAAGCAAAGCAAGCAGAAGAAUUUCUUUCUGGUAGGCACAGCUGAUGGUACACUGGCAGUGUUUGAAGACAGAGCAGUAAAGUGUAAGGGUGCAACACCUUUGAAGAUAUUAACCAUAGGAAAUGUUAGCACACCACUGAUGUGCUUAAAUGAAUCCACGUAUUUAUCUGAAAAAAAUACAAUCUGGGGAGGCUGUGGAACAAAGCUCAUAGCUUUAUCUAGUGAUUUCUCUGUCCAAAAGCUGAUUGAAACAAAGUCAAGCCAACUGUUCUGCCACAACGCUUACAGCGAUGCAAACAUUAUUUCAAUAGCAGUAGACAAAUCCAUCUACUUGGCAAAGAAAAAUAGCCAUUUUGUGGAAAUCUGGGACAAGAAGACAGAAAAGCUUUCUGAACUAAUUGACUGUGCGCAUUUUCUUAAGGAUGAAGUGGAAAAACUAAACCAAGAAUCAAAACAUAAAGUUGCUUAUUCUGGAAGAGUGAAGACAAUUUGCUUGCAGAAAAAUACUGCACUGUGGGUAGGGACAGGAGGAGGACAUAUCCUGCUACUUGAUUUAUCAACACGUCGUCCUGUACGAGUAAUAGAUAACUUUUGUGACUCUAUUCGAGUCAUGCUAACAGCUCAGCUAGGGAGUCUGAAGAAUGUGGUGUUGGUUUUGGGAUACUGCUACAAGGGUGACACCGAAGAUGACAAAUACCACAAAGAAUUACAAUCCUGUGUGUCAGUGUGGGACAUUAACCUCCCCCAUGAAGUGCAAAACCUGAAGAAGCAUAUAGAAGUGAGACAGGAACUAGCCGAAAAAAUGAAGAGCUUCACUUUAGACUGAAAAAACCCCUGCAAGUGCCAUUCUCUUUCCUAGACCUCUAUCCUAACUCACUGUGCAAUAUUCAAAGCCUCCUGUUGCGGGGCUCCUUAACCCAAACCAGGAAAGAAACCUUCCCAAGUCAUUGUGUGACUAAGAAGAAAGAAGGGAGUUAUUUAUAAUGUUCAAAAGGACAAAAAAUCAUUAAGAAUUUCAUAAUGUAAAGAUUAUCAUGUGUCUGUUUACUCACGAAGUUCUGUGCCAAGCAACCGUGGCUCAGCUUUGGGAUAAGUUUGUUCAUCCAGUUUUUAAUCCCUCUUCAGUUGGGAAUAACCCUGAAAAGGAAGAAGACUGAAAAUGGCUCUGAGUUUCUUCAUUAUCUCUACUGAGUUGACACCAUAGUAAGAAGCAAAACUGAAGGCUCUGUUUGCUUAUUGCAGUCUUGUAUGUGUGAGUUGUCACUGAUGAUUCAUGUUUUAUUCGUGUCAGAGCUCUUGACCUCAGCCAAACAAAGGAAAACAUUGUAUUUCAUAUAAAUAACUGAAUCUAAGGAGCAUGUAUUGACUGUUUUCAUGAGGAGCAGUGCAAUGAGCAGAUUAUAAUCUUUGCUUCUUUCAUCAGUAAUUGACAUUUUCCAUUGCGAUCAGAAAACCAAACUGUGCUAAAAUAAUACAGUUCCUCUGAAUUCAGAAUUGAAAUGCACUGACCAGCUCUGCACCUUGGUGCCCUCUUGCAGUAGUGCCGUCUGCCCUGUUCUGAGCAACAGAGUCACAGAGUCAGGAACGUUUGCAUCCAUGCACAUCUAUUGCACAGCUCACUUUUGGAGGCCACGGGAAGAGAGAUAGAGAGAACUCCCGAUGGAAAUGCUGCUAUGGCUCAUACCACAAAGAAGGAAGCACGCUCAGAUUCUUAGUGCAGCUUGCUUGUUUGCUUGCCUCAGACUGGGGCCUGGGGGAAGGCACUUCAAUAUAUACAGCAGAGUUUUCACUUAGGCUUGUUCUAAUUGAUACAGUUAUUUGGGGGUAGGCAGUGAAACCUCAAGGAGUGCAGGAGUUGGCCAUCUCCCAUGCGUAACUCCCACCAGAACUUGUUGCCACACACCUCCAUUGCUUUCUGCCCGUCGGUCCAAGCUGCUUCUUACAGCCUUCACCUCAUUAAGUCCCUCCAUUCCAUCCAUCAGAAGACAGAGCUCAUUUUCUUGUUGUGAUAUCAAAAGAAUCCAUAGGGUGCUCCUGAAAUCCCGCAGAGCAGAGAACUCUGAGCUACUCCUGAGUUUAUUCUCUGGAGCAGAAGGGUCAGCACCCUGCAGGCUCUCGGUUCCAUUUUCCCAGUUUUGAAGAACUUCUAUACCUGGACAGCAGCAGUUGCCACGUCCAGCUGCAGCAGUGUCCUAUUUGCUGCCACUUGUGGUGUGCAGACUCAGGAUGCCUUUCAGAUCUGUACCCCAGUUUUUUAUGCAUUCUUGUAUUCUGCACACAGAAGAUAAUGUGCUAUUUAUAUGGGAUUUAUAACUCAGAAAAUGUAUAUUGUAAUGAAUACAUUUUAAAAAAAGAUUAUAUGUGAUGCAAUUAUGUUUAUUUAUGAGAUAUUUUGAGAUGUAAGCUUUCUACCUUUUUAUUAAAGUUGUGCUUUGUUAA